AUCGACAUACAAGUAACGCACUUGUGUGUGUCUUUAUUCUCAAACACGCUGGGAAACCUCAUCGUCGUCCAACAGCUCUUCAAACGCAUUUUGUCUUCCUCUAGCGGCAUAGGAACGAAAAAAUCUAUUUCCUUGUACAAGGUUAAUUAUUUAACUUGUUGCUCGGUACCAUAUCUACUCGAAGGCAACCGUGUGUCAAGACGCGUGUUCAAGGUAUGCCGAGCAGCGGUUGUCCUCUGUCAUGGAUGAUAUUAGACAGCGCAAUGGCUCCGUGAGUAAUAAUGACACAGAUUUGUCUGCUGUCCCUUAUACAGCGGACGACAUCGGGGUGCUUUAUCAUGAAGUUGACGAUGGGGACGUUGGGGAUGAAAUUGAGCUGCGAAGUCGAUCAGAAGUGCCAGUGGACGCAGAAGACUCCCGGCUGGACAAUGUCACGGGGUUUUACCGGGUUUGUUUUCCGGUUUGCUGUAAGAGAAACGACCCUGACCGCGAUCAGGAUGAUGAUGAUGAUGAGGAGGAGGAGGACACUGGAGCAAACACAGUUCAAAAAGAAAAGAAACCAGCAUGUCCGGGGCUGGGCCUCCUGUACACCUUGUUAGCAUCCGUCUUCUUCUCCUCUGCCGCUCUUCUUGUGAAGAAAAUUGAGGGGAUACACGCCAUAGAAAUCAGUGCAAUUCGGUGCUUCUUCCAGAUGCUGUUUGUCAUGCCAGCCAUGAUAUAUUACAAUACUGGUUUUUUGGGACCUAGAGAUAUGCGAAUCUACCUGUUCUUCAGAGGGUUCCUGGGCUCCAACGCCAUGAUCUUGUUGUAUUAUGCAGUUCUGCAGAUGCCCCUAGCAGAUGCCACAGUUAUAGUGUUCAGUAAUCCAGUCUUCACAUCCUUGCUGGCUUGGAUUUUCCUCAAGGAGAGGUGCACCGUAUGGGACAUUGUUUUUACAAUUUUUACGCUCACCGGUGUCAUACUGAUAGCCAGACCUCCCUUCCUCUUUGGUGGAGAGCUGUUAGGGAUCGAAGGAGACUACACCAAUCACAUCAAAGGCACGGUGGCUGCCUUUGCUGGGGCGAUCGGAGCGGCUUGCACUAUGGUAAUUCUGAGAAAAAUAGGGAAAAGUGUUCAUUACUACCUCUCUGUGUGGUACUAUGCAGUCCUGGGACUCAUCGAGUGUGUCAUUGUUUUGUUCAUCUUGGACGAAUGGACCAUUCCGUUCUGCGGCUGGGACAGGUGGACGCUCAUGGCCAUCGGGGUGCUUGGUAUAGCUGGCCAGACGUUCCUUACCAAAGCCCUACAGAUUGAGAAAGCAGGACCUGUUGCACUGAUGAGGACGAUGGAUGUGGUCCUGGCAUUCCUUCUGCAGUUCCUUUUCCUCAACCGCAAACCGACAUGGUGGAGUCUGGGAGGAGCGCUGUGUGUGAUUAGCAGCACUAGUGGGGUGGCCAUAAGGAAGUGGUAUAACAGCACAAAAAAUAAGAGCUGAUUGCAUAUUAUAGUGAGACGAAAAGAAAAAAAAACAUUUUAUAUGUUUGCUACAAAUAAUUGCUGCAUUAGAUACCAAAGAAGCUGUAUUACUGUAAAAACAUGCAUUGAAAGUCUGAGAUUUUUUCUUUGGUCUUUGAUUUUAGGACCUUACUGUAUGCAGUAUGUACAGUAUAAGACAGUAUUUUAAGCG